AAUAUAAAGGCUUUCAACGCCUUACAUCACGCCUCUUUAAAAGGCCAGGCAAUUGCUGUGGAUAAAAUAUUAGAUGGGCAUAAGUCGCUGGUAAACGCUAAAAUGCCGCAAGGAUUCACAGCUCUACAUAUAGCUGCAGUAAACAACCAUACAGACUGUGCUAAACUUCUGAUUGAAAAGGGAAACGCAGAUGUAGACAGCAAAAACCUGGAUUGCAUCACGCCACUUAUGUUAGCUGCUAGAGAAGGUCAUUUGGAAUGUUUACAGCUUUUGAUUGAGAAAAGUAAGUAA